GACCAGGGCCCCCAGUCAAGCCAGCAAUGGGGCUCGAGCAACACAAAACCGCCGUUACACGUAUCGCCUCGGCCAUUCGCGGCUUCUACGAGCGCAAGCAGCCGUUUCGCAUUGCGCACGGCUCGACGAACAGCACCCGCCCGAUCCGCCGGAAGCACGAAGUCGACAUUUCAGACCUUCGCAAUGUCCUCCGCGUCGAUCCGGUCACACGUACCGCACUCGUCGAACCCAAUGUCCCCAUGGACCGCCUUGUCGAGGCAACGCUGAAACACGGGCUCGUGCCGCCGGUCGUCAUGGAGUUCCCUGGUAUCACAGCGGGAGGGGGCUUUGCGGGAACAGCAGGAGAGAGCAGCAGCUUUCGGUAUGGGUUCUUCGACCGCACUAUCAACUAUGUGGAGAUGGUGCUGGCGGAUGGGAGUAUUGUCAAAGUGUCCGAGAACGAGAAUCGGGACUUGUUUCGUGGUGCUGCAGGCGCGGUUGGAAGCUUGGGUGUCACGACGCUGAUGGAGCUGCAGCUUGUGGAGGCGAAGAAGUUCGUCAAGGCGACGUAUCUCCCACAGCGGAGUGUGCGGGACUCUAUUACCAAUGUCCACGCCGCGACGCUGAACGAUGCGAAUGACUACGUUGAUGGAAUCAUAUACGGCCCCGACCACGGCGUUGUCGUCGCCGGCGAGAUGACGAAUGAGAUGCCCGAUAGCGCAAAAAUUCAGACAUUUAGCAAGGCGUGGGACCCGUGGUACUAUCUACAUGUUAAGGCCAAGACGCGCGGCAACUCGCCCGUCACAGACUAUAUCCCGCUGGCGGAGUAUCUGUUCCGGUACGACCGAGGCGGGUUUUGGGUUGGCCGGGCGGCGUUCCACUACUUCCAUUUCCCGUUCAGCCGGGUGACUCGGUGGUGGCUGGAUGACUUCUUGCACACGCGCAUGCUCUAUAAAGCGCUCCAUGCGAGUGGGGAAUCCAGCCGCUUCGUCAUUCAGGAUCUAGCGCUACCGUAUGCAAACGCCGAGAAAUUUAUCAACUAUACCAGCAAUAAGCUAGGCAUCUGGCCGCUCUGGCUGUGUCCGUUGAAACAGAGUCCAGCGCCAACCUUCCACCCUCACUCAUCCGUGCAAAGCCCCGGCUUCACCGAAGAUCAAAUGCUCAAUAUCGGCGUGUGGGGAUUCGGCCCGAAAGACCCGGAGGCUUUCGUGACUGCGAACCGAGAGCUAGAACAUCGACUCCGCGAACUGGGUGGGAUGAAGUGGUUCUACGCCCAUACGUAUUACGGAGAAGACGAGUUCUGGAGUAUGUAUGACCGGAAAUGGUACGACGAGCUGCGGGAGAAGUAUAACGCCACCACUCUUCCGAGUGUGUAUGAUAAGAUCAAGAUCGAUGUGGAGGCGGAUCGUAAGGAACGUCACGAGUCUUGGAGCCGCAAGGUGCGCUCGAUCUGGCCGCUUGGUGGACUUUGGGGAAUCAAGAAGGCGAUUGAAAGUAAGGAGUAUCAUAUCCAUAGAAAUUCCACCUGGAAGUGGAAGUAA